CCCGCCCUGCCCUUCGCGGCCGUUCCGUGGCGGGAACCGAGGCUACUGUAGAGACUGCACCUACUGCAAGUCUUCGGGUCCCGUUAUUGUCUGAAUUAGGAACAGAGCUGAGACUUUGCCACCACCUCGUCCUUUUCUCAUUCCGGAAGACCCCAGAACGAGCCGGCAGUCCACUCGCUUCGGUGACGAGAGGCUGAAAGACCCAGGCUCUGCGGUUCCCGCGCGGGAAACAGGGUUUGCAGGGUGAAGUAACCAUGCAGGCAUUUCUAAAAGGCACAUCUAUCAGUACUAAACCACCAUUAACCAAGGAUCGAGGAGUAGCUGCCACUGCAGGGAGCAGUGGUGAGAACAAGAAAGUCAAACAUGUUCCAUGGGUGGAAAAAUAUCGCCCAAAAUGUGUAGAUGAAGUUGCUUUCCAAGAAGAAGUAGUUGCAGUGUUGAAAAAAUCUUUAGAAGGAGCUGAUCUACCUAAUCUCUUAUUUUAUGGGCCACCUGGAACUGGGAAGACAUCCACCAUUUUGGCAGCUGCUAGAGAACUCUUUGGGCCUGAACUGUUUCGAUUAAGAGUUCUUGAGUUAAAUGCAUCUGAUGAACGUGGAAUACAAGUAGUUCGAGAGAAGGUGAAAAAUUUUGCUCAAUUAACUGUGUCAGGAAGUCGUUCAGAUGGGAAGCCAUGUCCUCCUUUUAAAAUUGUAAUUUUGGAUGAAGCUGAUUCCAUGACCUCAGCUGCUCAGGCAGCUUUAAGACGAACUAUGGAGAAAGAGUCUAAAACCACACGUUUCUGUCUCAUCUGUAACUAUAUUAGUAGAAUAAUUGAACCCUUGACCUCUAGAUGUUCAAAAUUCCGCUUCAAGCCUUUAUCAGAUAAAACUCAACAUCAGCGAUUACUAGACAUUGCUGAGAAGGAAAAUGUCAAAAUUAGUAAUGAGGGAAUAGCUUAUCUAGUUAAAGUAUCAGAGGGAGACUUAAGGAAAGCCAUUACAUUUCUUCAAAGUGCUACUCGAUUAACAGGUGGAAAGGAAGUCAUGGAAAAAGUGAUCACAGACAUUGCUGGGGUCAUACCAGCUGAGGCAAUUGAUGGAAUAUUUGCUGCAUGUCAGAGUGGCUCCUUUGAUAAACUGGAAGCUGUAGUGAAGGAAUUGAUAGAUGAGGGUCAUGCAGCCACUCAACUUAUAAAUCAACUCCAUGAUGUGGUUGUAGAAAAUGAUAACCUUUCUGACAAACAGAAGUCCAUCAUUACAGAAAAGCUUGCGGAAGUUGAUAAAUGCUUAGCAGAUGGCGCUGAUGAACACCUGCAAUUGAUUGGCCUGUGUGCAACCCUGAUGCAGCAAUUAACUCAGAACUGUUAAGGUCAAUAAAGUGAAUAAAAUGACUUUUGUAAAUAAAAGGUUUUGAGAGAAAAUAAAAU